GGCUUCGCGAAGAUAGCGGGCACCGUGGCCAAGCAGGUCCUGAAGGGCAGUAGCUCCUUGAUCCAGGAGGCGGCUCUCUCGAAGUUCCCGGCCAUAGGAGCCCCAGCCGCAGUGCACCACUCAGCUCAAAGCCUUGUGAUCACGAAGCAUACGCAGAAGCAGGGGAAGCUCUCGACACUACAGAUGGAGGGCAACAAAACGAGAGAUGGAUGGUCCUUCAAGCUGCACGACGAGGGGUCCAACUAUCAGUCCAAGCUGAUCACCCAGUUCCACGGCUACGAAAGGGACACCAGCUCCUGCUUGGCCUUUGCCCCAAAAAGCCGGCAGCAAGCUGGCCAGGUGAGCGAAUCAGACUGGCAGGUCACCGACCCGAACGACUUUGUGCAACUGGAACCCUGGGCAGUGCCCUGCGGCACUGACUGGAUGAAGGAACACGAAAGCAAGUGGCAAGGCUACUCCUUCUACACGGGAGAGCUGAACAUCGAGCAGUGCGUGACAGUGUCCUACGGUGUGAACGUGCAGCCUGUUGCUGCCUUUGUGGCCGGGGUGCAGAUUGAUGUGAUGCCCAAGCCAUUGGUUACUGUGGACUCGACUGUCUGCUGGCCCAAGCAACGUCCCGACGGCCAGGACCUGAGCAUGCUGCGAAUGAAGAUCUCGUCCAGCGGCGUGCUACUCUUUUCCAAAACACUCCGCUUGGCCAAGCGCUACAAGGACCCCACAGACUUCGUGGACCACCAUGGCAACUUGCACCGCACCAUGGCCAACUGGGAGCAAGAAACAAACCCGCGAGCUUCGAUAAGCCGCACAAAGCUGAUGCAGAUGGAGGCUUAUCAGACCCACAACCAGUCGCACCAGGCUGGAAAGGACGAGGCGGAGCAAGGAGUCUUCGAAUGGAUGGAAGACGAGGACACCUACCUGGCCUCCGCCAACUACUCCCCAGAGCUUGGGGUGAACUUGACCUCUGAACUGCAUGGGCUGGAGGCCCAAAAGCGCCUAAGCUUGGCGGCCGCAAAAAGUGAAGGAGUUUUCCAGCUCUUCAACUUCCAGCACGACGGGAGCGUAAGCUUCGAUUUCCAGGCCCUUAUGGAUGGGAAGUUCCUGGAGAUGCGCAUGCAGAUGGGCUUCGGACCUUUCCAGUCUAAGCCGAAGACGGUCAAGCUGGUGGACAUCACAAACCAGUUCGAGGUGGUACUGUAUGCCCUCCCCUUCAUUUCCAUGGCCAGCAGGGCCAGGGCCAUUGACGCUCUCAACACCUUCACGCACGACAUGCCGCCGCCCAUCGUUCUGGAGCCCGGCACGACCGUGGCCGUUUGGAACCAUUUCUUCCAGCGGUACCUGGUCGGCACGAGCACAGGUGCUGUCGGUUCAGGUCCUACCCACAACUUCGAUCUAGGCCUUCCUAACGCUUGGCAUCUGGAGCGCUGGACUGUGGUGGAUGCGGGCGAGGGCAAGAUCGCACUGCACCACCCGAGGUACAAUGGGUUCAUGAGCCUCGCAGCCUCCGGGCUCUCUCUGAAGCACGGUGCUGUGACGGACUUUCAUCCUGCCGGUGGCUGGGAAGCCGAGACUUUCGUCGUGGUGAGUCGGGGUGGUGGGACAGACCUUUUCGGCUUGCAGAACCCGGCGACCAAGCGCUUCGUUUCCUGUGGGGCACACCACGACACCUAUGUGAGCCCCCCGUCCGACACCUUCGUUCCAGGAUGGACGCAUCAGGAGUUCCGUGUGGAGGUGCUGAAACCGCGCCUGAAGGUUGGCAGCACGGUGGGACUCUGGAGCCCGCUCCGCAAGCACUGGCUCCGCCUGAACCACGGGGACCUGGACAAGGGUGGCAACACCUUCGUGAUGAUCGAAAACGGAGAUGCUCGAGCCAGUGCCGCCAUUUAUCCUCAAGAGCUCCCCAGCAUCUGGCCAUCAUGCAAGUUCCAAGUCGUCCCAACCCACGAUGGUUCCAUCAGCUUGCACUUUCAGGAAGGCUUCCUGGCCAUGGGCGCAGAGCCCGGUGCCGCUGGCGUUUUCCACACCGGUUGGACCAUCCAGUCGCUGCCGGACGCGGCCGCGCUUUGUGGUUUACGAAGUGAAUUCUGGCGGUCCAAAAGAGGACCCUCCACCGGUCGGAUGGAACUUCCAGAUCACGAGGUGAGCUUCAGAUCCCAUCCCAAUGGAAGGACGAGGCAAAAGCAUCGAUUCUUUCCACACGCAGCCUUGCCUGGAGGAACGCUGCCGCAGACGCUGCCCGCAUUGACACAAAAGGCGUGGCUCUGCAGCGUUGUAGGCUGA